AUGGCCGGGUCCCUUUGGAACCCCGACACAGCUAGUACGGUCGGCCGCACCCCAGGCCUCGGUUACCACACUCUCGACCCGUCAAGCGACAGUGUGCAGACUGCCAGUGUGCGCCCCUGGCGAGUGGCCGAAGGUGGGGCGGCGGCGCUGGGCCCGGGAGAACUCCUGGAGUAUCAGCAGAUCAAGUGGAGCCGAGAGAGGGAUGAGGCGGCUUUGAAAGCGGCUCUCGGCAGACAUGCGCCGUUGCCUCAUGAGUACCACCAGAAGGAGUUCGAAAGCAACCCCUCGUACUGGUGCAUUGACAAUGUCCUACUCGACGAGAUGAUCGACACUCUAAGCAGCAACGCUUUCUUCUGGGCGGUUGUGGAUGGGGAGAUCGAUGAUGUGCAGUCAUUGAGCACAAGAUUUCCAGGGGCGACUGUUGGUUCCUACCAACAGAUCUAUUUCAAUCUGGCGCAGGCCCCGGUGGAGCAUACCGAUUGGAAUCUCUGGCAAGGUAGUAAGGAAGAGGAACUGCGGGGCAAGAACAUGCGAAGAGGGAGCCUGCGUUCAUCUGGCAAUGGGAUAGCCAUGAACUGA